AUGCCGACCAUGGCAUCACAAUUCGGCAUGGGCGUUCUGCCUUUUCUUUCUCUUGUUUUACCUACUGUAUCUCAGAGUAUCCCCGGUGCAAGCCUUUUCAAAGGUGGUGGUAUACCUGGAUCAGGAGCAUAUCAAUUGGUCGAUGAUUAUCAGCCCAGUGUGUUCUUCAGUAAAUUCAACUUUUACAAUUCAUACGAUCCGACAUAUGGCCAUGUUCAAUAUGUAAACGAAUCUGUCGCCAAUACGAAUGGCUACGCGACAACCCUCAAUGACAGCGUCACGAUCAGUGUCGAUACAACGAACAAAUGGCCGAAUGGUGGACCAGGAAGACCAGCUGUUAGGAUCAUCAGUGAUAACACAUACACCCAUGGUCUCUUCGUCUUGGACCUGAGUCACAUGCCGUAUGGUUGUGGAACAUGGCCAGCUUUCUGGCUCCUCGGACCAGAUUGGCCAGGAAACGGCGAGAUAGAUAUCAUCGAAGGUGUACACACUAGCGACUCGAACACCGUCUCCAUGCACUCAAGCCCGAAUUGCACUGUUGCUGGUUCUGAACAAACUGGCCUCUUCACAAAUGCCAACUGCGAUAGUAAUGCGAACGGCAACUCUGGAUGUGGAAGCAUGUCAAACAAUACUGCAACCCCCAACAACUAUGGCCAAGGAUUGAGCGACAACGAUGGUGGUGUUUACAUCACUGAAUGGACAUCGGCUUAUGUCCGUGUCUGGUUCUUCUCUCGUAACGGCAUCCCUGCAAGUAUCACUGGUGGCUCUCCUGAUGUUUCCGAGUUUGGACUACCCAUGGCAAACUUCCAAGGCUCCUGUGACAUUGACAGUCAUUUCGCUAACCACAGUAUCAUUAUCAACACCGACUUCUGUGGUGCAUGGGCUGGAUUUGCCUACUCCAACUUCGCAAACUGUCCGCUGACAGCCGACAUGAAUGGCUACGACUCAUGUGUCGACUUUGUGGGCAACAACCCACAAAACUUCACACAGGCGUACUGGGAAAUCAACUCGAUCAAAGUCUAUCAACUCCCAGUCAAUGUGGAUCCAUCCUCUGUUCCGACCAGCACUGCACCAUUGACUUCAUCAUCACCCGUCAGUAUCAGCGGUAGUAUCAUCAACCCUGGUAUGGGUCAGUCGGCGUCAUCUUUGCCUUCAUCAGUGCCAUACACUGGGCCACUAUCUUCCGUGUCUUCUACUGUCUCAUCUACAGCGACCGCGCUGGCCACGCCGCUCAUAUGUUUCCCAUACGAUGGCAAGACCUAUACAGACUAUAACGGACAGAACUACACCAUAAAUUGUGGAUACGAUCUCACUGGUCAGAAUCUGAAUGGUAAUGGUCAAUCAGUCAGUAGUUUCGAAGCUUGCAUCGAGCUUUGCGACAGUACAGCUGGAUGUGGUGGAGUUACACACGUUGGUGGCAAUGGAGCUGGAACUUGCAUCCUGAAGACCGGUCAAGGCAGUUUGGUAUAUGAUGGCCACACAUUUGUUGCUGUUCUGGCCUCCAUCAGCUCCAAAGCCUCUUCCACGGUGUCAGCAGCGGCUUCAUCAACAACCUCUCUGUCCUCUACCCCUCCGAAGACUGCUACUCUCCGACCAACCGCUCAGGCAACGACUUGCCCGGAGGCUAACAAUAACGUGUACGUUGAUGAGAAUGUGGUCGACUACAAUGUCUAUUGCUCUUCAGACACAGAUGCCUCUACCUUCAACGACACCACGAUUGGAAGUGGUCGCUUCACGGCCUGCUUCACCAUCUGCGAUGUCACACCAGAUUGUGUUGGGUUCACCUUCGAGGGUGCAUCGGCAGGCACCUGCCACUUCAAGAACCAGUUCGGCAACGUCUUGUCGGCUCCUUCCAACUUUGUUGUUGCUUUCCUCUCGUCAGGUCAAAACUUGACUUCGAACGUCUCGUCCGUUGCUUCCACGAGUUCGAUAACGGUCAGCACUAGUGUCCUUCCUAGUCUGUCCGCCUCCACGUCGUCCGUCUUAGCAUCCUCGGUUCAGAGCUCCACUCUUGGUUCGAGUGCCCCUGCCACAUCAAUGACUGCUUCUUCUGCAUCACGCUGCGACAUCGACACCGACAGCAUCUACACUGCCAACAUCAAGCUCCAGCUCCGUCUCUCUAUCAAGCAGCUCAACUACUUCCUCUCCUUCAUCGUCCGCUGCAUCUCCGGAGGCGAUAUUUCAAGUCCCUACCGUGCUGCUUCCAUUCUGGACUGUUUGCCUAGCUGUGAUGUCACGUCAGGAUGUAUCGGUGUUGUCUACGAUACGGGAACGUCUUCCUGUCAGAUGAAGUCUACAUUUACUGGAACUCAAGUCCCCGGCGCAAACUUCAUGAUCGCUGCACGUGCAGGCGCAACAGAUCCUGGCCUUUCAUCGUCAUCGAGUUUGGUAAGCUCCACUUCGACUCCAGGAGCCAGUCUUUCAAGCGCCAGUAUCAGCAGCAGUGCGACGAUCACCAUUACCACAUUGACUGGAGGCGGCACAUACGAGUCUCCUCCGGUAGCUUCUGCUACUGGUGGCGCAUGCUCUACUCCGGCAUCUGGUUCUGUGGGAACAACAACCGUGUUCACCACGGAAACGGUCACUGCUUGCCCUACCCCCGGCAUGUGUCCACAAGAAGGCUUUGGCUGGGGCGGUACACUGUUUGGUUCCAACUUCAGCAGUUUCAGCAUGGCUCCUCAAACCAUCAGCGGAGGUAUGGGAUCUAUUGGCAAUGGUGGUUCCGGAGGUUCUCCUACCUCGACAGUCAUCGUCACUGGCUCUGCUCCGAGCAACGGAGCCUCGGCAGUACCAGUGUGUCCUGGCUCAAAUGGAAACAUUUUUACCGACAGUCUGGGCCAAGUCUAUGAGAUUGGUUGCGGAAGACUCAUCACUGACGAGACAAUUUCGACCUCGAAUGUGAGCUCGCUUACCUCUUGCAUCGAUGCUUGCGACAUGUACAACAUCCAGAACUUCAAUUCUCCCAGCGGCUGCUUGGGUGUUUCGUUCUAUAGAGGACUUGCCGCAGGCAAUUGCGAGUUGAAGACUGGCUCUACCAACGUAACCUCUCCUGAUGCUGACUCUGCUCGCCUCCUUUCGAGAGCGGUUGACCCAGGAAAUAGCACAGCUGGUAACGGAGGUACUGGGGGUAAUGGCGAUUAUGGUUCUGGUUCUGUUGUCGGCACUUUCACUGUAUCAGCCCCUGGUGGUGUGACGACUGUCCUUGGUGGAGGUGGCUCUGGAACCGGAAAUGGUGGCUCUGGAGAUGGUGGCUCUGGAAAUGGAAAUGGCGCAGGCACGGGACCGGGCACAGGACCUGGAUCCACAGUCUAUGCUGUCUCGACCGCUGUAUCGACCAUCGUCUCCAACGGACAAACGAUACUCUCGACAUACGGAGUCAGCACAGCCGUCAGUGUGGUCUACCAGCCGGCAAGCACUCGAACGGUCACCACGACCACAGUGUCCAUUUCGGUGUCUGAGCGUACUGUAGUCUCCACCGCUCCAGGUCAGACCGUUGUUUCUACUGCCUCAGGCGGAGGUGGUGGACAAGUGAUUACGAUCACAGCCGGUGGUGGCAACUACAUUACUGUCACACAGGUCGUAACGAGUUAUGCCAGCCCUACGAGU